AUGGCACUGGAAGUGCUUGAAGCGCUUGAUUCAGCGCGAACCCAAUGGUACCACGUUACGGCCAUCGUGAUCGCAGGCAUGGGGUUCUUCACCGACGCCUACGACCUUUUCUGUAUCUCAACGGUUUCCAAACUUCUGGGACGCCUGUACUACUUCGAUCCUAGCUCCAACAAGCCGGGAAAGCUCCCAACAUCAGUAAACAACUUCGUCAUUGGUGUCGCCAUUGUCGGAACCCUCUCCGGCCAGCUAGUCUUCGGCUGGCUCGGCGAUAAACUCGGCCGGAAAAAGGUCUACGGAAUCACCCUCAUCCUCAUGGUUCUCUGCGCCAUUGCCUCCGGUCUCUCAUUCGGGGCCAGCGCGAAAUCCGUAAUGGGAACGCUGUGUUUCUUCCGCUUCUGGCUUGGCUUUGGUAUCGGCGGCGACUACCCCCUCUCCGCCACUAUCAUGUCGGAGUACGCCAACAAGAGGACACGCGGGGCGUUUAUAGCUGCAGUGUUCGCCAUGCAGGGCGUGGGAAUCAUCUUCGCGGGGCUUGUCUCCAUGACACUCUCCGCGCUUUUCCAAUCCUAUUACCAUGCUCCGACGUAUACCCAAAACCGCGUCCUGUCCACGCCACCGGAGGCUGAUUUUCUAUGGCGGUUGGUUUUCAUGAUCGGUGCCAUUCCGGCGCUGAUGACUUACUACUGGCGAAUGAAGAUGCCAGAAACGGGGCGUUACACUGCCAUCAUAGAAGGUAACGCAAAACAAGCUGCGGCGGAUAUGGCGAGAGUUUUGGACAUUGAAAUCCAAGCAGAGCAAGAUAAGAUUGCCGAGUUCAACGCAGCGAAUAACUACCCUUUGUGGUCGAACGAGUUCUUUAACCGUCAUGGGCGUCAUUUGAUCGGAACCAUGAGCUCAUGGUUUCUUCUUGACAUCGCUUUUUACAGCCAGAAUCUAACCCAGAAGGAUAUUUUCCCUGCCAUCGGACUCAUAGACAAAGAUUUUGAAAUGAGCGCCAUCGGUGAAGUGUUCCAGACGUCACGUGCCAUGUUCGUGAUCGCUCUGCUGGGGACCUUCCCCGGUUACUGGUUCACCGUUUUCUUCAUCGAGAAGCUGGGGCGCUACAAGAUCCAACUCGUGGGCUUCUUCAUGAUGUCGUUCUUCAUGUUUGUGAUCGGUGUGAAGUACGAUUACCUCAAGAGCGAGAACAAGGGCCUCUUCGCUCUUCUCUACGGCUUGACGUUCUUCUUCGCAAACUUCGGACCUAACAGCACGACGUUCGUACUUCCCGCGGAGCUGUUUCCAACGCGAGUGAGGAGCACGUGCCAUGCGCUGAGUGCAGCGGCGGGGAAGGCAGGGGCACUGGUGGGGACGUUCGGAAUACAGAGCUUGACGGUGGGUGGUGAAACGCCCAAGAUUAAGAAGGCGAUGAUUUUGCUGGCGGUGACUAACCUGUUAGGGUUCUUCUGCUCGUUCUUGGUUACUGAGACUAAGGGUAGAUCGUUGGAGGAGAUUUCCGGUGAGGAUGGGAGAGAGAGUGAACUGACGGCAACGCCCAACGAUUAUAGGGUUCCGGUGUCAAGGACAGAGACCAUGUAA